AUGAAGCGCACGUCUCUGCUUGUCUCCCCGCGCAGGAAAAAGCUGAAGAGCACGUCCAAGUACAUCUACCAGACCCUCUUUCUGAACGGGGAGAACAGCGAUGUUAAAAUUUGCGCCCUGGGAGAGGAGUGGAACUUGCAUAAGAUAUAUUUGUGUCAGUCAGGCUACUUUUCCAGUAUGUUCAGUGGUUCUUGGAGAGAAUCCAGCAUGAACAUCAUAGAGUUAGAGAUUCCUGACCAGAAUAUCGAUAUAGAAGCUCUACAGGUGGCUUUUGGCUCACUGUAUAGAGAUGAUGUGUUAAUAAAACCCAGUCGAGUAGUUGCACUUUUAGCAGCAGCCUGCAUGCUGCAGCUCGAUGGCUUAAUCCAGCAAUGUGGUGAAACAAUGAAGGAAACCAUUAAUGCAAAAACUGUGUGUGGUUAUUAUAAUUCAGCGGGGACAUAUGGGUUAGAUUCUGUGAAAAAAAAGUGCCUUGAAUGGCUUUUGAAUAACCUGAUGACCCAUCAGAGUGUUGAACUCUUCAAAGAACUCAGCAUAAACCUCAUGAAACAGCUGAUCAGCUCUUCUAACCUAUUUGUAAUGCAAGUGGAAAUGGAUGUGUAUACUGCUCUGAAGAAGUGGAUGUUCCUUCAGCUCGUGCCUUCUUGGAAUGGGUCUCUGAAACAGCUUUUAACUGAAGCCGAUGCCUGGUUUGCCAAGCGUAGGAAAGAUUUUGAGGGUGACAUUGCGUUCCUGGAAUCGGAACAAGGGAGUGCGUUCCUGUCGGUGUUCAAACACUUGAGAUUGCAGUAUAUCAUCAGUGACUUGGCGUCAGCCAGAAUUAUUGAGAGAGAUUACCUAAUACCCUCAGAAUGGCUGUCCUCUGUUUACAAACAGCAGUGGUUUGCCAUGCUCAGAGCAGAACAAGACAAUGAUAUUGGGCCUCAAGAAAUAAAUAAAGAAGAAUUGGAAGGAAAUAGCAUGAGGUGUGGUAGAAAACUUGCCAAGGAUGGUGAUUACUGCUGGCGAUGGACUGGCUUCAACUUUGGCUUUGACCUUCUUGUUACUUACACAAAUCGUUAUAUCAUUUUCAAACGAAAUACACUGAAUCAGCCAUGCAGCGGAUCAGUCAGUCUACAGCCUCGGAGAAACAUAGCCUUCAGGUUACGUCUGGCCUCUUUUGAUAGCAGUGGGAAAAUUAUUUGCAGUAGAACAACAGGAUAUCAGAUCCUAACCCUUGAGAAGGACCAGGAACAAGUAGUAAUGAAUUUGGACAGCAGACUCCUCAUCUUCCCACUCUAUAUCUGCUGUAACUUCUUGUACACGUCGCCAGAGAAGAAAACUGAGAGUGAGGCACUGCUAGAUAAUUCAGAAACUUGAGACCUCUUCAGUGGAAUAUAGUAGCACUUCUAUAACUCUCUAUGCCUGCUUUAAGUUAAAUGCCCUGCUGACGCACAGAGCUAUGACAAUAAAAAAAGGCCUUACACUGUAGCAAAUAUAUACGGCUAUUCUUCAGCCUCAGUAUACUCCUAUGCAUCUCUGAAGAGAAGAUCAGAAGUGAUACAGGCCAAAACUAGUUAUCUCAUAUUUGUUCUGUUUUUAUUUUUUUUCCUUUCUGUCUGCUCUGCAUCUUCAGGCAGUAGCCAUUCCAUGUUUGAGAGAUGUUCCACUUUUAUUUUUCUGGGCAAAAACUGAGCCAAAUCGGAAAUAAUGAAUUUGUGUGAAUGGCAUUACUAACUUACCUUGUAAAAUUCUGAGCACACAUUGUGGUAUGUGUGUUUAGUCAUUUGGGUUUGGUUGCUUUUGGUUGUUUUGAUUUUAAUAAGACAGAUCUGGUAUUUACAGAUCAGUUCUGCUUACUUCUGUGGUCCUUUUUCAUCAGGGCCAAAUACGUCUGUGUAAACGUUGCCUGUCACCUUUUGUUAGUCAUUUAGCUGUUUGUACAGAUUUUCAAACCUGCUUGUUUUUAAGCCUUUAUUACAUCUCAUAUAUGUAUAUUUCUUUACUGCUCUUAGGCCAUUUUUUUUAAGUGUUGUGGGAAAAAAUUAAUCUUCUGGUUUUUGGGUUUUUUUAAGCUUGUGACUUUUCAAAUGCGGAUGCUCGUAAGUGAUUUUUUUUUUUUUCCAAGUACCGAUAAUUCUCUAAUGUACUAACCAUCAGUUGAGUCUAGUAUUCAGCAGCAGCUUUCACCUAGGAUUCUACUGAAUCCUUAACUUACUCAUGCAAACCAAAUACCAGUUUUUAAACAUUGUUUUUUGGUGACUUGUUUUAACUGUUACAUUGGGAAUAUAUCCUGCUUCAGCUCAGGAACCUGUGACCUUUGAGUGCCUUUUGAGUUGUAUGUGUUAACACAAACUUCACAUCAGUUGAGCAAGGUCACAGGAUCCAAAAUAAGACCUGGGAACAAGGGAUUCAUUUUCAGUUGGUUUAAUGAACCAGUUGAGAGUAAGAGGUACGCUGUAUUAGUUUUUUGUAUGUAUUGGUUGGUUUUUAUGUUUGUCUAUUGCUAUUUUGAAUUCUUACAUCAGGAUUUUUGGAUUCCAAGUGGGAAUUUUGCCUCUUUAGUAGCCUAUUUUUUUAAUGUUGUCAGAAAAGUCUAAAACCCUUUGUACUUUAUAACAAGGACAAAAAUGUGUUAGAUAAGAUGGAAAAAAAGUGGCAACUUGUGAAUAAAUGAUUUCAAGUGUAAUA